AUGAGUUCACAUUAUAAUAUGUUCAAUCAAAUGUAUCCAGGAUCUUGUGAAAAGUAUCCUGAAUUUAUAGAUAUGGUUAGAAAAGCAAUGGAAAAUAGUCAAAAUAGUCCUUGUACUUCUAGUUCCAGUAAUAAUGGUACACAUAAUUCAGAUACAGAAAAUUCCAUGUCACCUAUUGAUAAUGGUGGACAUGUUUCAACAGAUAUUAAUAAAAUUGAAAAUCAUAUUUUUAGACCUCAGGCUAUUAUACCAGGUAGUACAAUUCAGGGGUAUCCUUUGACUGAUUUAUCUACCAAUCAAAAUGGUAAUGAAAUGGUUUUCAGAAGUAAUAUAUUUAAUCAAAAUAUUGUUGAUGAAGAAAAAGAAAUUGAAGAUACAGUAAAAGAAGAAAAUAAUGAGAAUGAAAGUAGUGUAAAUGGUAAAAAACAUGAUCAUAUAGAUGAUGCUCAUUCUGAAACUGGAUCUCAUGUAUCAUGUACAACAAUUGAUGAGUCCUCAAAAUCAAAUUCUCUUUCACCGGUAAUGAAAAAUCACUCUGAUAAUGAUAAUGAGUCAGCAUACUCUGCAUCACCUUUACCAAAAGAAGAAUUUCAUGAAUCUUUAUUACCACCAAUAUCUGAUGCUCCUACUGGUGUUAUUGUUCAUGGGGCAAAAUUUGCAUCAUAUUCUGAUUUUGAAAGUGUUUUUGAAAACUGGAAAAAUACUAAUUUCCAUCCAUUUAGAGUUGCUUCCAGUGAAACAUUAAGACAAUCAGAUGGAAGUAAAAAUGAAACAUUUCAAUAUAGAUAUAUUGUCUUUCAUUGUGCUCAUUAUGGAAAACCACGAAUGAGAGGAGUCGGUAAAAGACCAAAUCAGUCAUAUCUUCCAUGUGGUUGUAAAGCAAUGUUAAGAUUAAACUUUAGUUAUAAUGAUCAUGCUUUAAGAAUAACAUCUCUUAAUGAUAAACAUAAUGGACAUCCAGUUAAUCAGGAAAAUUAUAGUAAAGUUAGUAUUAAGGGUAGACGAUCAACAGGGGAUUCAUUAUCAACUAAUAAAAAUAGAAAAAGAAGAUCUACAUCAAUAAUUAAAAAAGAAUCUUUAUCACCUACACCACAAAUAAAUACUUCAAAUUGUAAUAGUAAUACAUCAACACCUACAUCUAACUUGUGGAAAGGUAUGAUUAAUGGUAAUCAAAAUAAUACAAAAGAAGGAAUUAUUUCAAAUCCAUUUGUCCCAAUACCAAAUCCUACUCAGAUUCUUAAUGGUGGUUUAGGAAAUAGAAAUAAUUUUAGUGGUGAUUUUCAAAAUACUCUUCAAAAUCUUGCAAUGUUUAAUUUAGUUAAUGGUCAAAAUCAACAAAACUCUACUGCAGCAGCAGCAGCAGCUGCUCAAAUGUUUUAUGGAAAUCCAUUUCAACAACAACAUCAACACCAACAACAAAUGAUGAUGAAUAAUGUAUUGAUUAAUCUUUUUAAUCAACAAAGAAAUCAACUUCAAAUGGCUAAUUUAUCAAAAUUAGAUAAGGAAAAUGCUCCACUUUACUCACAAAUGCCUUCAUUCCUUCCUGGACCACCUCAUUCCAUGGCACCAUCUAUUCCAAAUCAACAAAAUAUGUUACAUUCUCAGCAACCAAUUUCUAAUAAUAUUGUUAUACCUCAAAAUACAACAGGUGAUUCAACACCAAAAUCUUUAGAAGCCAUUAAAGAAGAUGGAUUACUAAGUAUUCCAACACCAGGUCAACCACCAGCAAAAAAAGAUGUAAACGAUCAUAAUAUUAUUAAAAAUAUUCUUUUAUCAAUUAAUGAUGCAUUAACAAGUAGUUCCAAAGAAUCAUUAGGAAGUAAAAUUACUCAAUUAACAGCACUUCUUAGGAUUUGGAAUGACUCAACUGGUGAGAUGUUACCUAUGAAACGUUUAAUAGAAAAUUCAAUUAAACAAUCAUCUGAUAAUAAUAUUUAA